AUGUCUUCGUUUUCGGCCCUUUUCUCGGGCGCUUCCAAGGACAAGACCGUCGAGCUGAUGUUCGGUUCCUCGGCAGGUCCAGUGGACAGAAACGCUUUGAAGACCUCCAGAACAGUGAUUGAGGUUCCAGAGGAGGAAGACGAGAAGGAGAAGAUCAAGCCAGAGAAGAAGAAAAAGAAGGAGAGGAAGAGCAAGAAGAAGAACGACGAGGAUGAGGAUUUGGAGGCCAAGUACUACUCGAAGCUUCUUGCUGAAGAGGAGAAGCCUAAGGCUGAGAGUGCUGAAGAUGAGGAGGAGAGUGAUAAGGUUGAAGGUGAAGCCAAGGAAGCUAGUGAAGAGGCUGAAGGUGAUGCUAAGGAGGACGACGAUGAUGAUAGCAGUGAAGAGGAGGAGGAAGAAGACAAGAAAAGCAAGAAGGUGCUGGGUGCAAAAAGCGUUGAUCUUAAGGAAGGUGAACUAGAUAAAGCUGAAAGAACUGUUUUCGUGGGUAACGUUCCAGCUGCUGUCAUUACAUCCAAGAAGACAUACAAAAACUUCAAGAAACAGUUCCAGCAGGUUGGAAGCGUCCAGGCUAUACGAUUUAGGUCUAUUGCUUUCGACGAAGCGCUUCCAAGAAAGCUUGCAUUUGCUAAGAAGGCCUUGCAUAACCUCAGAGAUACUGUCAAUGCUUACGUUGUUUUCAAGGAGAAAGAGCCAUCCCAGAAAGCUUGCAAUAGACUCAAUGCCACUUUGUUUGAGCACCACCAUCUCAGAGUGGACCAUGUUGCACAUCCAGCACCAAAGGAUAACAAGAGAACCAUUUUUGUUGGUAACUUGGAUUUCGAAGAGCAGGAAGAGAACUUGUGGAGAUACUUUAACAAGCACACUGGCGACGAUGUCGAGUCUGUGCGUGUGGUGAGAGAUUCCAAGACCAACCUUGGUAAAGGUUUCGCUCUUGUUCAGUUCAAGGAUACCCUUUCUGUGAAUAAGGCCAUUUUGCUUCAUGAUAAGCCUAUGGAUGGACCAGUUAAGGAAGUUGCCGAGGGUGAGAAAAAGAAGAAACAGAGAAAGCUCCGUAUUCUGAGAGCCAAGGCCAACACCAAGCCUUCCACUCUUUCUCCAAACCAUGUGGAUAACGCCAGAAAACACAAGAAACCAAAGACUCAGCUUACAGAUGACCAAAAGACCAAGUUGGGCCGUGCCAGAACGCUUUUGGGUAAGUCUGACCGUAACACUGCUGGUAAGAUCGUCGCUGAAGGUGCUCGUGCCACCAAGGGCCUGAAGAUUGCAGGUAUCAAGGGUCUUAAGAGUGCUAAGGGCAGAGUCAAGAAGCCUAGAAUCACCGACAGAUCCACGAGGUUCAAGAAGGAUAAGAAUGCUAUGAACACGCUUGGGAACAAGAAAUAA